AUUGACUCAUGAAUGGUGUCUUUAGAGAGAGAGAGAGAGGAAAUGAUGAUGAUAAUAGGAUGGAGGUGAUGAUGACCCCCUCGUCUACCUCUCUCUGAGUUUCAUAGUAUACACCGUACUCCGUCAUCUAUCUGAUCUGAUCUCUUGUUUACCUUAUUAACAAACACAGAGAGAAAGAGAGAGAGAGAGAUGGUUUCAUCAUCAAGUGGUGGAUUCUGCUACACCUACAGCGAUAAUCCUGGAGGAGGAGGAGGAAGCGGCUUUGUAUCUGACCCAGAGAUGGAGAUGAAAUGGAAAACCUUGUUCGCCAACAACGAACCACCACCUCCUACUUGUUUUGAUCUAAUACUCCAAAACACGCCAAGCCAAGGCCUUUCACUAUCUCUUAGCUCAAACAACCCUUCUUCUAUUUCUCUCCAAUCUUUUCCCCUAAGACAACAACACCAUGAGAUGGCGCUGCAAGGCCAUUACUCGCUCAAGGCGUCCAGGUUCUUGCUACCGGCACAGCAACUCCUCAACGAGUUCUGUAGCCUAGGAACCAAGCAACUCAAUAAUCAACUCAUCAAGCGUAACAAGAACAACACCAACUCCCCACCUCUUACCUCUCUAGACUUGGUUGAAUUGCACAAGAGAAAGGCUAAGCUCCUUGUCAUGCUCCAAGAGGUGGACACAAGAUACGAGCACUACUGUAAUCAGAUGAAGGGAGUGGUGGCGUCAUUUGAGGCCAUGGCCGGGGAGGGAGCGGCCACCGUGUACUCGGCACUUGCGCUGAAGGCCAUGUCACGCCACUUCAGAUGCUUGAAGGAUGGGAUACUGGAACAGAUAGAGGCCACUCGGAAGGGGAUGGGAGAGAAGGAUCCAAUUGCACCGGGCACCACUAAGGGCCAAACCCCCAGGCUUAGAAUCAUUGACCAGGCUUUGAGACAGCAAAGGGCUUUUCACCAAACCAUCUCCAUGGAAUCUCAUCCCUGGAGACCCCAACGUGGCCUUCCUGAACGUUCCGUUUCUCUUCUCCGCGCUUGGCUUUUCGAGCAUUUUCUUCACCCGUACCCAAGUGAUGUUGAUAAACAUAUUUUAGCACGCCAAACUGGUCUCUCUAGAAGCCAGGUUUCAAAUUGGUUUAUCAAUGCAAGGGUGAGGCUAUGGAAGCCAAUGGUGGAGGAAAUGUACUUGGAAGAAGAGAAGGAGGCUGCUGCAGCAUCCUCGGAGGGAGGAGGAGGCAGCAACACUGAAGAUUUUCAAAACCUAUCUCCAAAUUCAGCAGCAGCAAGACCAGAGGAUCAGAAGCCUCGCCUACUUCGAAUCGAUUCGGAAUGCAUGUCCUCAAUCAUCAACAACAACUCUGAUCAUCGCAAAGAUAACCAUGAGCAGAUGAAUCAACAAGAGGAGGAACAGUACUUAGGGCGAGGUGUCGCAGACACGUUUGGAUCAGUGGAGAUUGAUUUCUCAUCAUAUCCUGAGGGCUUCAAUAGCAGUGGAGGAGGUGCGGUUUCUUUGACGCUAGGGUUACAGCAACACGGUGGAAAUGGGGUGAGCUUGGCUUUCCCGCCAGAAACUCAUCAUCAGCAUCAGGCCUCCAUGUUCUACUCAUCAAGGGACCAGAUUAUUGAAGACUGUAGUCAACCAGUUCAGUACUCUCUUUUGGAUGGCGAAGCACACGCCAUGCCCUACAGGAAUUUGAUGGGGACCCAGUUGCUUCAUGACUUGGCCGGAUAGAAAAUAAUGCGCUUACUCUCUUCCUUUUCUUUUAUCUGUUGCUCUACAAAUUUAGUAUCUUAUACGAAUUUUUAUAGUAACAGAUAAAGGAGGACACAGAGAAUAAUAUUAUUCUUUUAGAAAUUAAUUAGUUGUAGUUGAAUAUUAAAAUCAAUACUUCACAAUGCUUUUAUACAUAAAGCUUCAAUUUGCUACGGAUCGGACACUUAGUGAUUAGAUGAUUAUAUAUAUAGUUUGAUGAACUGAAGAUAUUAAUUCAUGCCUUCUCUAUUUUCGAA